AUCGAAGUUGUUUUUGUUUGCAUUCAGUCAACUUUACGCGGACGGAAACGAACGGAUUCCGCCUAGAGUCACAAUGGAUUCGUUCGAAAUUUGUCGAGUUUGUGUGGAAGAAGUGAAUCAUUAUUGGUUUUUGUUUGAAAGAUGCAAUAUGAUACCCUCGGAUUGUACACCAGCAGCGAUAAUUACAGCGUGUGUCAACGUUCGAAUCGAAAGCGACGAUGGAUUGCCACAAUUGGUGUGCAAUAGUUGCCUACAAGCUUUGGUGUCAGCUAACCAAAUACGAGAAAAAUGCAUUUCCUCUGAUAGAAAACUGCGGAAACUGCUGCUGCAGAAUAAAACUUCGAUCGUUCAACGAGCAACAAUUGAACUACCGGACCAGGCUGUUCAAACGCCAAACGAUACACUUUCACAUGCAUCUUCGAUGGAUGAAAAAGAAGCAUUUGAAUCGCCAGACGAGGAGGACUACGACAAUUAUCACACUGAGUCAGAUCAUAUUGCUACAUCGGUACCUGAGGUAGACCUAUUGGAAUCGGAUUCGUACGACGUGGAAUAUCUCGUAAAUAUAAAACAACAGCAAAACGAAAAUGACGAUGAUAAUGCGGAAGAUCAACCUAUCUCAGUUGAUAAUGAUGAUGAUAAACCAAUCUCAGCUGAUGAUCAAACUAUCGACAUGGAAGUUCAAAUACUAAAAAAUGAGGCUUCUGAAGAUUCAAUAACAGGUGAAACUGCAGAAAGUUAUCAAAACUACAUCCAAACCGACGCCAGCGACGAUAAGAAAAAGUUCGUCUGUGACAUCUGUGGAAAACGCUUUUCAACCAAGGGAAACCUCAAAGCUCACAUACUGCUGCAUAACAACUACAAGCCUUUUAGGUGUGAGCUGUGUGGAGAUGAAUUUUCACGCAAGCAUAACUACAACGUGCACAAGCUGCGGCACACGGGCAAACGAGUGCACCAGUGUCCGCAAUGUGAUAAGUCGUUCGUUUGCACUGUUAAUCUUAAACACCAUAUGAUUAUACAUUCGAAUGUAAAGCCCUUUAAGUGUAGCCAAUGUGAAAAGGAAUUUAAUCAUCGUACGGACCUAGUCCGUCACGAAGUAAAGCACACCGGAAUCUAUCCAUUUAGCUGCGAACUAUGUCAGCACAAAUUUUGCAGAAAAACCAAUCUAACGAAACAUCUCCUAAAAUGCAAGGGAGAGAAAAAGAUACGCCCAUUCAAAGAGGACACAGGCGAAUUAGAGAAUAGCGAAUAAAUUAAAUUUGUUAAA